AUGAAGAAGCGGCUCACACGGAAUCGGGGCACCGCUAGGAACGGACGCUUGCAAAAGAUGGCAAUUUUUCUGUUCGUUUUCACAGUUCUCGGUAUUCUCUACUCCUCUCGUACUCUGUUGUUGGCAAAAAACUUUGCUCCAGGCAUCAGAAUCAGGCGUACAGCAUAUCCACCUCGACUGAACAUGAGUGAGUGUCCAGCGUUUUUUGGAAAGGUGACCAUCUUUAUAGCUACUGGUUCAUUGCAAGAUAUGAAGGGAAAGUAUGCUGUCGCUCAACGUUCGUUGAAUUGCUAUUUAAAAACCGUUAAAUACAAGCUGAUAGUGGUCGAUCUUUCGACGGAUCCACGGGUGAAGCGAUCGUGCUCGAUGCAUAAAUCGGUUGGUUUUCCAUCCGUUGCUGUUAGCGUCCCCCCCGUGUAA